UUUAGGACUAGCAUUUGCACCAAAUGUGAGUCACGCAGCUCUUCACUUUGAAGACUGAAGACGGUGGCGUUUAGGGUUUCGGAAGAGCAUGCAAUUGAACCCAAAUGGCGACGGCUGAAGAUGCUCCAGUGCUCCCUGAGGACCUCAUAGUGGAAAUUCUGUCAUGGGUUGAAGUGAAGAAUCUCAUGCGAUUCAGGUGCGUUUCCAAGUCCUGGAAUUCCCUCAUCUUCAAUCCCACAUUCAUUAAAUUGCACCUUCAAAGGUCCUCCCAAAACAUCCACAUCCUGUUAACAUUUGACCAAGAUUCAUCGAACCCCUACCCGUACCAUGAUGAUAACUACAUCUCCGUCGUUGCCGCACCCUGCUCUAUACAGCGUUUACUUGAGAACCCAUCAUCCACUAUUUAUAAUAUAGUUCAUUUUCUCGAGGCUCAGUCAACAUCAUCAUCGUCCACUAUUUAUUUUGAUGUUUGUUACCGAUUUAAGCACACUUAUUUGUUCUUGGGUGUAUGCAAUGGGUUGGUUUGCUUGCUUGAUUGUUUGUAUGAGGAUGAAUUUGAGGAAUACUGGGUCCGAUUUUGGAACCCGGCCACUAGGGCCAUGUCCGCAGAUUCGCCCCACUUGCGUGUCCAUUCGAGCAAUUAUAAACUUGGAGACAUUGCUGUGAAGCAUGCGUUUGGGUACGAUGAUUCGAGUGACACUUACAAGGUGUUGGCGAUCCUUUUUAACGUUAAAUCACAAGAUUGGGAGCUGAGAGUUCACUGCAUGGGUGAUGACACUGGUUGGAGAAAUGUUUUGACUUGUUCUGCUUUUCCCAUUUUGCAACAAGUUUAUGGGCAGUUUGUGAGUGGCACUCUUAACUGGCUAGCACUUGACAAUUCGUCGGGUUCUGAUCAUUAUCAAUGGGAAACUGUCACUGUCGAUCAGUUAGUCAUUUUUUCCUAUGAUCUGAAGAACGAGACAUACAGUUAUUUGUCGAUGCCUGAUGGUCUUUCUGAAAUCUCUCUUGACGAGCCUUAUCUUGGGGUUUUGAAUGGCUGCCUUUGUCUUUCUCAUGAUCACAGGCGAACCAAUCUUGUUGUUUGGCUAAUGAGAGAGUUUGGAGCUGAAAAGUCUUGGACUCAGUUGCUGAAUGUAAGCUAUCAUCAUCUUCAAGUUCUAGAUUUUCCACCUUGUCCAGUGGUACCUUUGUGCAAGUCUGAAAAUGACGAUGUCCUGUUGCUGGAAGACUAUGGAGGUGGUGCAGAAUUUGUUCUGGUUGAUAAGAGAGAUAAUAGUAUAGACCGCAUGGAAGGUUUCAACAAUGGAUUAUCGUCUUUCUCUGCAUUUGUCUCUCAUGAUUAUGUUCAAAGUUUGGUUUUGCCAUAUCGAAAUUAAGCUACCUGCAUUUGCUUAUAUUAUGUAAGUGGUUUCAGAACCGUGGCAUUUAACAUUUGGACAGGAGAGAUAGCUUGAAUAAUUUUGGUGGUUCCUUAGUUUAAUUAUUUUGUUGAAUGAUUCUAUAUUGGCUAUUGCUUAUGGUUGAAUUUCUUUUGACUGAAUAAUUUAUAUUUAUAAUUGUUAGCUA